GGUUAUAUUACAGCAACAUAUUAAAAACAACCUUGGUAAUUGGUUCCUUCAUCUUAUUAUUAAUCACUAAAAUUGUUAUACGAAUAGUAUUUUAUUUUCUGACAAUUAGUCAAAUAUUUAAAACUCAAUUUCAACAUUUAGAAAUAAUUUAAAUAUAAAUAUUAACACAAAACGCACAAAACUUAAAAAACACAAAUGCCAAAUUGUCAACAAAAGUGAAGUUGUCUUUUAAACGAAAUCGAUUAUGAUUUAAAUAUCGAAUUGUUAGGUCGUUCACUGCGCAGACAACUUCACAUUGUUUCCUGUUCCGCCAUUUUAGUUGCGGGUGUCACUCCGGAAAAACUCUCUUUAUUUUUGUAAUAUUUAUAAAAUAAUUAACAAAAAGAAUAAUAAUAGGUAUUGUGUGGAAGUGAUAUUAACAGUAAAAUAAAAGUGUGGAAAAAGUAAUCGUACCCGAAAAAGAUAUAAUUGAAGGAAUUAAUCCAACUCCAAAACCACAGAUUCAACUGCGGCAAAUUUCAACGAAAGAACGAAUCUCCAAAUUUACGGAAUAUUUUCAAUAUUCGAAAAAUCGACUAAAAACGAAAUUGGCAUUCUGUUUGCAGACGAAAAUAAUCUAAAGGUUAGUUUGAAUAACAUUUUCAUUUUUAGGUUACGUUUGCAUGUAAAUUUUUUUCGCUACAUUUAGUAAAUUUUCUUAACUUUAUUUAUAAAUCCAAAAAUGUUCUCUAAAUGGUAAAAAUAACGAAAAUUUGCCUAAAAAGUUAAUUAAAAACCGUUAAAAACAAUUGAUAUCGAUCCAAUAUCGAUUGUUUCGAUUAUAUUCAUUUGCUGUGUUCACUGCGCAGCCAACUUCACUCAGUUUCUGACUCCGCCAUUUUAGUUGCGAGUGACGUCAAGUGACGCUCGUAAAAGUUUCUUUUCUCACGAAAUAUUAGUGAAAUAAUUAACAAAAUGAAUAAUAAUACAGUGUAAAAGUGCUAGUAAUAGUAGAAUAAAAGUGUAGAAAAAGUAAUUGUACCCGAAAAAGAUAUAAUUGAAGGCCAAAACAGUAAAUCAGUCGAACUCCAAAACCACAGACUCAGCUGUGUGAGAUAGAAUUUCAACAAAGAAUUUUCCUAAUUUACGGAAUCUUUUCACUAAAUUAGAGUGAAUUAUCGAUGAAAAGAAGACAAAUCAACUAAAAAAGAAAUAGGCGCACUAUUUGCAGACAAAAAUAAUCUAAAGAGGAAUAAAAAUGUCGGUGACGGGAAUCGAACGCUAUGCAUGUACCCGUCAGGUUGGUGCCUUAAUCCACGCAGCUACUGUCUAUCUUCAAGUGCAAGAAUUUGUGGUGAGUUUCGCAACGCCUAAUGAAGAAAAAAAUUUCGGUGACGGGAUUCGAACGCAACGGAUGUACUCGACGGUUGGUGCCUUAGUCCGCGUGGCUAGUGUCUACCUUCAAGUGUUACAAUGAAGUGGUUGCAGAAAAAAGUGUUGUGCUAGUGAGUGAGGAUUCUUUUGCCGCUGGUCCAGAGGGAUGCUGCUACCGCUUUGCCAGAGAUGCUGCUAUCGAUAAUGGCUUUAACAAUGAAUUUCAACGCAGUUUAUGAGAACAAAGGAUUAUUUUCUGCUGUUCGCCAUGGAGAAGGCAGAAUCAUCGAUAGAUGGAAGUGUAGCAGAUUUGGAGGAUAGGGAUCCAAAUAAUUUAAAUCGACACAUUCAGGUAACGUGGGACGACAUAAUCGGAGAGCCCGAAGGAAUUCGAAGUCCAGAAUGCGCUUGGAGAUUAAGUGGUCACUGUUUUCGAUUAUCACGAGGUUUUUGGUACAUUCUUUUGUCAGUACUGAUCGCUCCCUUGAUUGCCCUUUGCCUCGGUAUCACCUUUGCGUGUCUAACAUUCACGCAAGUUUGGUGCUGCGUUCCUUUUGUAAGAAUUUUCCGAAUACUAUUUGCACCGAUAAGAGUCUUCAUUACAAUAAUAAUUCAGGCAGUGUUGCGUCCAAUUUUCGAGUCAAUUGGAUAUUUAUGUUAUAAUAUAAGAAUUUUCAAUCAAAGACUUCCCGAUGGACCAGAUCGCAAGGAUGACAUGAUUUUAAUUUAAUUU